AUGAUGAAGGUUGCUUACGAUGGCUGUGCUUGGAAAAGGCCCAUCCCAAUGCCCAUCCCUGUGCCCGUGGAGGAACUGGGUGGGGCCGCAGCAGUGGCUCGGAUGCUUGCCAGGCCCAAAUCCGCCACCUUGAGAUGGUCUGAGUCGUCGCGCAGUAGAUUGCUGGCAGUGUGGCGGAGAAAGGGGGGAAAGGGGGGAAGGGUGAAAGGGGGGAAGGGGGGAGGGGGAAAAGGGGGGAAGGGGGAAAGGGGGAAAGGGGGGAGGGGGGAAAGGGGGGAAGGGGGAAAGGGGGGAAGGGGGGAGGGGGGAAAGGGGGGAAAGGGGGAUGGGGAAGGGGGGAAGGGGGGAAAGGGGAAGGAGAUUAACUAG